CUGUCUACAACCAGCAGCGACAGAAAGCCCAAGACAAGCCAAAGAUGUCAUAUACCCCCAUGGAAAUCCACCCUCCACGAGCUCUUCCUCCAAAUCGACCCGCGAGAGAUGAAUCCAGUCGUGACUUUCUCGCCCGGGUCCCCCCCUCUUCUACAAAAGUCGAUGCCAUCGGCCAGUGGAUCUCCAUCACCAACCCAUCCAGCCCCAAGAUAGAGGACGACGUGCCUUCCCUCCUGGCUCAGGGGACGAGCGGGUUACGCCAGUUCGCGAACGAAACAGCACAGCUAACCCUUCAUCGCGACCACUCUGGAGCUACGGCGGUGGUUACGGGGAAGUCGAUAUUCUUUAUCCGUCCAGGCCGGGUGGACUACUACUGGGGCAUUAUCGCGGCUGCUACCAUGCGGGGAGAGCUGGGCUUCGGGGCAAAGGUUGCUGCGGACGAAUGGGCAAGACCGCACUCGCUUGAUUGCGGGUUAUACGCGCGAUUACGAGGAUGUGGAGGACGUAAAGCGGGUGCUCACGAGGCUGAGGGAGCUGGACCUGGUAACACCGGGACAGAAGCCGAUUUUUUUCCAAGUCUGAUGCGUUGCAGGCUAGUAUGUUCUCGAGCGCCGAUGUUUUUUUUUUUUCGCUGGCAAAGUACACUCUAAUAAUGUGUUUUAAUGACG